UCAGCUGGUAGUAGCAGGACGCGAUCUCUUAGUACCGUUUCACAGCUCUCAUCUAUCCCGUGCGGGAAUCAUUGGUGGUGCAAGGAUCGCGUAGCUCUGUGUUACUGUUGUGGCUACGGACGGAAGUGAGUGUUUGCGAAGCCGAAGGAUCAUUGAUCAGCGCAAUGUCGUCACUGGAAUCGUUUAGAACAAACUGAAAGUGUUCCGUCUCGUCGUCGUGAAGUAACCAAGAUGCUGAGAGUGCAAAUUGCUCUGUAGUGAUUAUUGUUCGCGCCAAUUACGUGAAGGGCGAACGAUCGCCACCGCUUGUACAGUAGCUUCACUGAAGUUCAUUGUCAGACGACGAUCGACGACGAUGUGCCGUGAUGUUUGAGCGCAUUUUCCGGUGGUCAACAUAGAAGCUCACGGAACCGCUCCGGCGGCGACUUUGUGAGGUCUCGAUUGUGUGUCCAAAGUGUGUUCCCCUUGGCCUCUCGCAAGUUACUGGUGACGAUGUAGAGAGAAUGGAAGUGUAUAGUAGCAAGUGUUAUCAGCAAGUGAAAUCUAUUGUGUCUAGUACAUUCCAAGAAACGCGUUGAGUCACGGUGUUACACGCCUUUCGGGUAUUGAAAAGUUUAGAAGAAGUUCCAACAAGUGGAGUGAACGUGAUGGCGCUGGUGAACUAUACGCUGCCAUUUGGCAGCAUUCCGGCACCGGCCUGGGCAAUGGGAAAUCCGCUACAGAAUCAGCAUGCAUCGGCCGUGAACAAUCUGCUGUACGGUCCGGCGGGCCAUCAGGAGAACGAUCAUCAGGAGUACUACAAGAACGAUCCGUACGCUCCACCGCAACGGCAAAGCAAACAGCAGCCUCCUCAGUUGCAGCAGCAACGGCAACAGCAUCAGCAGCAGCAGCAGCAUUCCAUCCAGUACCGACAGGCACCAAGGAAUAACUACUUGCCUCCUCCAGCGUACGUUCCACCGGGCGCAAAUUAUCCGCAGCAGACACCGGCCACCAACCAGCCAUCAGCGCCGCCACCGUCAUCAGCAGGAGCAGCAGCAGCAGCAGCACCUGGCGCCGGUCGAACGUACGGCGAGGGCACGUACAGCGACUCCGCUAGUCAGUCGCAGCAACCAUCAGCGAACGUACCCCAACAACCGGCGUACUAUGAGUACUCCUCGGGUAGCUACGCAACGCAACCGGGACGACAGCAACCGGGCUACGCUGAUCCCCAGACUGGCACUGCACCAGCAGCAGCAGCAGCACCGGGCUAUCGCGGUAAUACACAGCCAGCGUCGGGCCGUGGUGGUGCCGCCAGCAGUCCACCGGCAGCCGGUAGCUCCCGAUAUCCACAGCGACCGCCUGCACCACCUGCCUUCGCUAACGUGAACCCACUCGGUCCGGCCACCGAGAUACCGGUGCAGGUGAUAGACUACGACGACGAUGAGGACGACGAUGAUUACUACGAUGAGCCGGUGGACGUAUCGCAGCCUGGUGGGAUCUCAGAUAAUCGCAAAAACUCGCGCAUGCCAACCGUCACACCGAUCCAGGGUCCUAUCUUUCUCAAGAAUGGGACAGUUCCUGUCGUGCCAUUAUUCGCCUAUCCUCAAGUCAGCAACGGAACCUUCAUCCAAAUACCGAUAUGGUGGACAGCUUUAUCCGUCGCGCUCGGGGUGAGCAUUCAUGGAGAUGUCAUCAGAGGUGUUCCCUGCAUAAAGAAGUACCAUCAACUGUUUUGCCCGUCGGCGGGCAAUACCUAUCCUAGUGACAAGAUUGAGAUGUUCAUCGACGAGAACAAAGCGCUAAUGAAGCGAAUGUAUGGCGAUUUCGAGAUGGCAUCACGCUUUCCGUCAUCACCGGGCCGGAAACGGAAGCGGAGUGCUACCGGUACGCUGCUGGAUGAGGACGCCGAGGAUGAGUUUACGUUGCUACCGGAGCUGAUGGAUCUGUACGGUGAUCCGGGUGGACCGGUGCGUCUCGGUGGAGAUUCGUACUUUAGCAAGCUACGCAGCAAACGCCAGAGUUCCGGUUCCACGAGUGGAAGAGGAAGCGGUGGUCGGGGGAGUGGUGGUGGUGGUGGAGCGUCUGCUCGACAAUCGGCUACUCCCGCCAACGGGAACGGAGGAAGUGGAGAGUCUAGCACGGGCAGGGUUGAUGCGUGCGAAUCGAAGAUUGAAAUAGUGACCCCGUACUGGGCGACCAAUUCGGCCGGGAAGGUCCGCGCCGUGGUCAAUACGCAACACUUUGAGCAAGCGAUCCACCAGGAAGUGUGUUCGAAAACCCAAACAAGCCGUUGCUCCGGUGAUUGUGGCUGUGAGCAGAAGUACAAAUGGCAUCGGCUGCUGGCCUACGAUCCCGACAACGAUUGUAAGGGCAUCUUCAUGGACUGGUUCCUGUUCCCAUCGUGUUGCGUCUGCCGCUGCAAUCCUUAGCCUCGGACCCCCCGGGGAGGGAGUGAUUGGUCGGCCCCAAGUAGAAACCAGUCCAUUGCUAGGGCACUACGUGAAGAGAUUCUCUUAAACCUAUAAGCUACUGUAGUUUAUCCACUAUUCCUUAAGCGUGUACCAUCCCCAUCCAUACCCACCACUAGCACCACUAGUGAGAGGAGGGUUUAGUUUAGUUUCGACCAGACGCUCCGCUUAUUGUUUACUACAAACUUCAACUUCACUCAAGCAUAUACAUAUUGUAAAUCUGCACGUUUGUCUGUAUUUUCUUUUCGUUGUGUGUAUCGUUCACUUUUAUGUUUUCUUCAAUAUCCACUUUGACGCUUCUUAGUGCGAGACUCUGUUUACCGAAAACGAACUCGCGUUAUAUUUUCACAAAAGAAAAGAUCUUAUCAUCAAAUUCAAUACCAUUCCGAUCAUUUUCAUUGCCUUCAACGCGAAAAAGAAGGUUGGAGUAUGCGUAAAAUUGACAUAACAAUAAAAGAACCGAGGUCGGCCAGUCCUUCUGUUCGG